UUAUCCAAAUUUACGAUUUUAAUGGAGGGGGAUUUAGAGGUAACCAGCGACCUGGAAAAAGACACCAUUCCCAUAAAAAUAGGCAUAAUUGGGGAGGCCAAUCUGGACAAGCCCAUCUAUUUGGCAGAGCGCAUGGAAUAUGCGGUGUGUACGCCAUUUGGAAAACCAUCGGAUGUGAUCAUCGAUGGCCAGAUAGAAGGCGUGAAUGUGUCGCUGCUCUCCCGAAAUGGCCGAAACCACGACAUCAUGCCGAGCAACAUUAACUACCGGGCCAAUGUGUGGGCCAUGCGCAAGAUGGGCUGCACCCACAUUCUGGUGACCAACACGUUUAGCUCGCUGAGGGAUAACUUCCAGCCGGGACAUUUGGUGGUGCCACACGAUGUGAUCGAUUAUACGAGUAGGCGGUCGCAGACCUUCUACGACGGAGCUGUCGGCAGUCCCUUGGGCGUCUGCCACGUGCCCAUGAAUCCCGCCUUUUGCGAACGCACAAGGCAGCAUCUUCUGAAUGCCGCCCAGGAACUGGAGAUGCCCACCCGGCCGAGUGGCACUGUCUUGACCCUCGAAGGACCUCGUUACUCAACGGUGGCCGAAAACAACAUGUUCCGCAAGUGGGGCGCCGAUCUGCUGAGCAUGACCCUCUGUCCCGAGGCCAUUUUGGCCAAGGAGGCCGGCAUCCCGUACGCCUCCUUGGGCCUCGUUACCAACAUGGAGUGCUGGUGCGCCCAGCAGCCGAACGCCACCACCCACGAAAUAAUCUACAUCUUCAAGAAGCAAGCGGAGAACCUCCAAAAGGUCUUGACAACGGCUAUUAAGAACAUGGCUGCAGAGGAUUGGGCUGAGGACAUCUUGAAAGCAAAGAUACUGGUGUGCAGUAACUUUGCUAAUAGUAAAUAAUGUAAGCUGAUGUUGAGAAUAAUGUUUUAGAAUUAAUAAAUUAUUAGGCUGGUAAAAAAUA